GUAUUAGUUGGUCGUGCCAACCCUGCAAAGAAGUUAUUUGGGGAAAACGUGCACGUUAUUCCUUCAACGUCAAUUUCUUUCUUCCACUUGGACGAACAAACAGGGCAGCUGCAAUGUGGAUUCAAGUGCGCACAAUGGAUGGGAAGGAAACCCAUCGGGUGGAUUCCCUGUCCAAACUCACCAAGGUGGACGAGCUUCGUGUCAAAAUCGCGGAGCUUUUCAAGGUGGAGCCCGAGAGGCAGAGGCUCUUCUACCGUGGCAAGCAGAUGGAGGACGGCCAUACCAUUUUUGACUAUAACGUGGGUCUAAACGACAUAGUGCAGCUGCUGGUCAGGCAGAAGAUGGCCCCCGUCGAUGUCGUCAAAAGCAAGGACAAAGAAGCCGAGCUGUCGGACUCUGAUUCUGGCUGUGGUUCAACCCAAAGCGAGUCAGACAAGAGCUCAACUCACGGUGAGGUAGAGGGUCAGACCGCCGGCACCUCUGCCCAGGCAAACACUCCAGAACUCAUCGAUCCUGGAUUCGGAUUUUACAAGAUCAACGAGCUGGUGGAUGCGAGAGAUUUAAACAUGGGCGCGUGGUUUGAGGCCCAGGUCGUCAACGUUACGAAGACCCCAAAGACCCCUAAAGAAGAGGCCGCGGAGGCCCAGCCGGCAGAGGAGGAGAUACUGUACCACGUUAAAUAUGAAGACUACCCAGAGAACGGAGUGAUUCAGCUGCUGGCCAAGGAUGUGCGUCCUCGAGCCCGUACAGUUUACCAGUGGCACCAACUGGAACCAGGGAUGAUCGUAAUGCUUAACUACAACCCAGAUGAGCCCAAGGAUCGUGGCUACUGGUACGAUGCUGAGAUCCAGAGGAAGCGGGAGACGCGCACCCAGCGAGAGAUCUAUGCCAAGAUUAUCCUUGGUGAGGCUGGUGACUCUCUUAAUGACUGCCGGAUCAUGUUUCUGACUGAAAUCUACAAAAUUGAGGAGGCUGGUUCUUUGGGCGAUGCCCCAGCUGGAUCAGAGAGUCCACUAAAAAGAUCUAAUGGACCCGAGUGCAAGCGCUGCAAGGAUGACCCCAAUAAAAACUGUCAGUGGUGUAACUGCCACAUCUGUGGCAUCAAGCAGGAUCCUGACAAACAGCUGCUGUGUGAUGAAUGUGACAUGGCCUUUCACACCUACUGUCUGAACCCUCCCCUCACAUCCAUCCCUGAAGACGAGGACUGGUAUUGCCCAGGUUGCCGCAAUGACACCAGUGAGGUUGUGCGCGCUGGAGAGAAGCUAAAGGAGAGCAAGAAGAAAGCUAAGAUGGCUUCUGCCAGCUCCUCCAGCCAGAGGGACUGGGGCAAGGGAAUGGCCUGUGUUGGUCGAACCAAGCAGUGCACCAUUGUUCCAUCCAACCACUACGGCCCGAUCCCCGGCAUCCCUGUCGGCUCCCUUUGGAAGUUCAGAGUGCAGGUCAGUGAGUCUGGAGUCCACAGGCCUCAUGUGGCUGGAAUUCAUGGCAGGAGCAACGAUGGUGCCUACUCUCUGGUCCUGGCAGGAGGCUAUGAGGAUGAUGUGGAUGAUGGUAAUGAGUUCACUUACACCGGCUCUGGAGGCCGAGAUCUAUCUGGAAACAAGAGGACUGCUGAGCAAUCCUGUGAUCAGACGCUGACCCACAUGAACCGGGCGCUGGCUCUCAACUGCAACGUCCCCGUCAACGACAAAAAUGGAGCAGAGUCCAAGAACUGGAAGGAGGGCAAAUCAGUUAGAGUUGUGCGCAGCUGCAAAGGACGCAAGCACAGUAAAUUCUGCCCCGAGGAAGGAAACCGAUAUGAUGGGAUAUAUAAGGUGGUGAAGUACUGGCCGGACAAGGGCAAGUCUGGAUUCUUAGUCUGGCGGUAUCUGCUGAAGCGUGAUGACGACGAGCCGGCACCGUGGACCAGAGACGGCAAAGAACGCAUCAAGAAGCUUGGUCUCGCCAUGCAGUAUCCUGCCGGCUAUCAGAAAGAGAAAGAGAACAAAAACGAAGUGGAGGAGGAAGCGACACCCAGCAAAGCAAAGAGGAAGAGAAAAUCUCAGGCCAGCGAAACCUCCAAGACCUCACCAGGAAAAACUCCCAAGAAAAUCAAGGUGGAGGUGUACAAGCUUUCCCAGGAGCAGAAAUCCCUCAUCAAGAACGACAAGCCAAACAAGAAGCUGUGGGAUGAAGCCAUGGAGUCCUUGUCACUUGGGCCGAAAUUCUUGAGCAAAGUGGAAGAAGUUUUCCUCUGCAUUUGCUGCCAAGAAGUGGUCUAUCAGCCCAUCACCACAGAGUGCCAACACAAUGUCUGCAGGGAAUGCCUCCAGCGGUCCUUCAAAGCAGAGGUGUACACCUGCCCGGCCUGCAGACACGACCUGGGCAAGAACUACUCCAUGUCUGUCAACAAAUCUCUGCAAGCCAUUCUAAAUCAGUUUUUCCCAGGGUACAGCAACGGGCGAUGAUCAUUGGUUCUGCCUACUCAGCCCUCGAGGAAACGCGAUGUAAACUUUAAGGGGCAUUUUCAGUAGAGGCAAUAAAGAAUCAGUUUCUCUUAAUAUAUUUUCUAUGAUUAUAAAACUACAAUAUUUGUGGACUUCAAUGCUACCAUUGUCACCUUGGAUCUGCCAUGAUGUGGUGUUAAUGAGAAAUUGAAGAUUCCUUUUGUAACUGGCUGUACUCCAUUAAUACCUUCAUCCUUAAAUUUUGUUUUUUGUUUUUUUGUUUUUUUUUUACUCCCAGCGUUUCGUUAUGUUUCCUUAACUAAUGCUAAUGUUAUCCAUAUUGUAAAAUUGUCACUUUUAACUAAAUCCCUAUGUGUUUAGCACUCGUUAAGAGAACGUUGAGCCGUUUUCCCAACUUGUUUGGAGAUGCUUUUGUAGAAGGCUAUUAUUAGUGUUGCCGUUAGGUUGGCUGUGGUUGGUUAUCAUUUUAGUGCUUUUGUUUGUUUGUUUGUUUGUUUUAAAAGCUGAUCAUGCAGUUGAAAUUUUAAUUGGUUUUCUUUAGUUUGUUCUGGCAUGAUUAGAUGGUGAGAAGUACUCUAACAUGACAGGUGAACAGAAAGGCUUUCAGAACCAACAGCUGCUCCAAAAACAUACAAGCACAAACUGAAUCAGAAGGUGUUUUUUUUUUGUUUGUUUGUUUCCUUGCACUUGAACAGAGAAAAAGUGUCUUGAAACUGUGUCAUCAAACUUUGUUGGAUUUUCUAACUUGUGUACUGGUUCCGUAAAUAUUUUCCUACAGGAAUCCUUUGUAAUUGUACAUGAAGUUUCCGAAAGUCUGCCUAAAGUUGAAAUGAAUUGGACGAAACCUCGAAAACCAAACGUGAUAGAAUUCUACAGACAUUUUAUUCUGAGGCAUGCAUUUGGAUUUCCCUCGUUUUUGAAAAGAUUUGCUUCGAUAAAGUCCAAAGAAACGACAGUUCUUAACCAAGAGUGUAACGUAGAACUCCCAUCUAUCUAGCUCUCUAGAUGUUGUCCCUGACACUCAAACCUAACUGAGUCUAGAAACUUGAUUUGUAUUUUUGAUAAAGUUGAAAUGUGUACUUUUUCAUCUUUUAAUCUAUUACUGCCAUCUGUGUGUGGGGGGGUGUUCAGUCAGUCUUUUGUGUCUCCAGUGGUCGCUCGUGAUACCCGACCUCAUUUAGGAACAAGAAAUGCUCGCAUUUACCGUCAAGGAAAUUCAACACUCUGCUCCUGAAAUAUAAUAUGAUAGCAAUUUGACUAAAUUGAAUUUAUUUACUACUUCUGCCGUUGCCUUUGUUUUUUUGUUUUUUUUUUAAAUAAAUGUUUAGUGUUGAAUUUCAAAGAGCAGUUUGUCAAUAUGCCAGCAGUUCACGUUUUGAUGGAGAGACAAAUAUUUGCAUAGACUGGGAAAUGUAUAUUUUCUGAAAUUGUAUAAUUUUUAGUCCAUUUUAGUUUUGAUAUGUAGUUUUAGGAUUGCUUGCACACGUUUCGUGCAAAAUUUUGUCAAUACAUUUUCAGUGUUACUCAAUAAAUAAUAAAAAAGUGGAAAGUGA